AUGUCUCAGACCAACGGUAUCGGCGGCUCUCAUGCCGUAUCAGAGAAGCCUCAGACUCGGAUAGCCUUAGACUCCAAAAUUAUUGCCAUCACUGGUGCUAACAGAGGCAUCGGUCUUGGAAUUGCCAACUCCUGCCUCGACAAUGGCGCUGCCCACGUAUACUCAAUUGACAUCGGCGACACUGGCGACGACUUCCUCGCAGUACAAAAGCGAUUUCCUGGAAAGCUGCACGCUUUGAAAGCAGACGUCACAUCUGAAGAGACCGUAACCGAAGCCGUCGAUCAAAUUGUCAAAGAGCAUGGCGCCAUCCAUGGAAUGGUCGUCAACGCAGGUCGAACAAAGCACAAGCCGGCACUCGAUUUCACCACCGAAGAAAUCAACCAGCUGUGGUCUAUCAACCUCUACGGUGCCUUCUACUGCGCUCGUGUGGCCGCCCGAGCAUUCAUCAAAUGCGGAGUCAAAGGCUCCGUCGUGUUCACUGCCUCCAUGGCCUCCUAUCGACCCAACAAGCGAGUACCUUCCGCUCCAUAUGGUGCAUCAAAAGCGGGCGUUCGCAACAUGACGCAUACUCUUGCUAUGGAAUGGGCUCAAUACAACAUUCGAGUGAAUUCGGUCUCGCCUGGCCUAGUGAACACCGCCAUGACAUAUUGGGUUCCACAACAAGAAGACUGGCCACAGCAGCUAAAGUACUACGGUGGAAUGCCGCGACUGGCAGAGGUGGAGGAACUUGGAGGAGCUUAUGUCUACCUACUCAGUGAUGCUGCGAGCUACACCACGAGUAUUGAUAUCCCGGUGAAUGGUGUGAUUGGAAUUUGUUAA